UGAGAAUGAGGCCAACUAUUGUUGCUGAUGUUUUCACCAGACAGCAGCUCGUCUGCGCCGGACUUCACGCGCAUUGACUGUGGGGGAUUUAAGAUCCAAAGCUCGAGCGUGUUUUCCUGUGAGGAGACCUGAACGGGGAACUGGUUUUAGGAGGGAGAAGCUGCUGGGUUCAUGUCAGCUUCCAUCUGCUGUUGAAGGCAGCAACAUGCAUAUCUUACAGCCGUGCUGCAUCAACAGGUGGCCCGAUGUGCCGAAGAGGAAGAGGAAGAACAGCCAGUGUUCGGUGAAGAGCAUGUCUGCUCUUAGUGUUUCUGUUCCAGGGUACAUCCCCAGCUACCUGGAGAAGGACGAGCCGUGCGUGGUGUGUGGGGACAAGGCCACUGGGUACCACUACCGCUGCAUCACUUGUGAGGGCUGCAAGGGUUUUUUCCGCAGGACAAUCCAGAAAAAUCUCCAUCCGUCUUACUCCUGUAAAUAUGACGGGUGCUGCAUCAUUGACAAGAUCACCCGCAACCAGUGCCAGCUGUGCCGAUUCAAGAAGUGCAUGUCUGUGGGCAUGGCCAUGGACUUGGUGUUGGAUGAUUCGAAGCGUGUGGCCAAGAGGCGCCUCAUUGAGGAGAACCGAGAGCGCCGGAGGAAAGAAGAGAUGGUGCGGACGCUGCAGAUGAGGCCGGAACCAGACAGCGCCGAGUGGGAGUUGAUCAGAAUGGUGACAGAGGCUCACAGGAACACCCACGCCAGCUACAACCAGAAGCCCAAGUUCCUGCCUGAUGAGAUCGGCCAUGGUCAGAUGAUGCCAACCUCAAACGGAGAUAAAGUUGAUAUCGAGGUCUUCAGUGAGUUCACCAAGAUCAUGACCCCUGCCAUUACUCGUGUUGUUGACUUUGCCAAGAAACUUCCCAUGUUUUCAGAGCUGCCUUGUGAAGAUCAGAUCAUCUUGCUGAAGGGCUGCUGCAUGGAGAUCAUGUCGUUGCGUGCCGCUGUACGCUACGACCCUGAAAGUGACACGCUAACACUGAGCGGGGAAAUGGCCGUGAAGCGAGAGCAUCUAAAAAAUGGCGGGCUGGGAGUGGUUUCAGAUGCCAUAUUUGAUCUGGGCAAGAGCCUGGCGCAGUUUAACUUGGAUGACUCGGAGGUGGCGCUGAUGCAGGCCGUGCUCCUCAUGAGCUCAGAUCGUUCAGGACUGACGAGUGUGGAGAAGAUCGAGCAGUGGCAGGAAGCCUACCUGUUGGCGUUUGAGCACUACAUCAACUACCGUAAGCACAACAUUCCCCACUUCUGGCCGAAGCUCCUGAUGAAGGUGACGGACCUGCGUAUGAUUGGCGCUUGUCACGCCGGUCGCUUCCUUCACAUGAAGGUCGAGUGUCCCAAUGAACUCUUCCCACCUCUUUUCCUGGAAGUCUUUGAAGACCAGGAAGUGUGACUUUGCGUGCUGAAAGCUUUGGGGCAGUUGUUGAAAGGACACUGGAUAUUUUUUCCCCCCACCAUGGGAACGAGCCCUAUAAUUUGUGUGCUUUUUUUGUCAAACACAAGACUGCACAUGCACAUCAUGCUCCUCACACUUA